AUGUCAAUUGCUUCUAAUGCUUCUUGUAUUUUUUGUAAAAUUAUAAAAGGAGAAAUUCCUUCUUUUAAAUUAAUUGAAACUACUAAAACUUAUUCAUUUUUAGAUAUUCAACCAACAAGUGAAGGUCAUGUUUUAAUUAUACCAAAAUAUCAUGGUGCAAAAUUACAUAAUAUUCCAGAUGAUUAUUUAAGUGAUUUAUUACCAGUUGUUAGAAAAUUAACAAAAGUAUUAAAAUUAGAUGAAAAUGAUACUCCUGAAGGUGAAGGUUAUAAUAUAUUACAAAAUAAUGGUAGAAUUGCACAUCAAAUAGUUGAUCAUGUUCAUUUUCAUUUAAUUCCAAAGAAAAAUGAUAAAUCAGGAUUAAUUGUGGGAUGGCCAGCUCAAGAAACUAAUUUUGAAAAAUUGGGUAAAUUUCAUGAAGAAUUGAAGAAAGAAUUAGAAAAGGAAGAAAAAUUGUGA